AUGGGCCCAAGUGAGAAGGAAGGGCAGAAGGCCCAGACCGCCCAUCUCCCCCACACCUGCCAUCAACUGAGAAGGUACAUGAACCAAACCCAUGGCCAUGGCUAUGACAAUGCCUAUGGCUAUCCCUGUGGCUGUGGCUAUGGCUAUACCUGUGACUAUGGCUAUGGUUAUGGUUAUGGUUAUGCCUGUGGCUAUGGCUAUACCUAUAGUUAUGGUUGUGGCUAUGGAUACGGUUAUGCCUGUGGCUAUGGCUAUGGUUAUGGUUAUGUCCACUGCUAUGGCUAUGCCUAUAGUUAUGGUUAUGCCUGUGGCUAUGGCUAUGAUUGUGGCUAUGCCUAUGGCUAUGGUUGUGUCUGUGUCUAUGUCUAUGGUCAUGGCUAUGGCUAUGUCUGUGACUAUGUCUAUGGUUAUAGCUAUGUUUGUGGCUAUGGUGAUGGCUAUGGUUAUGGCUAUGUCUGUGGCUAUGACGAUGGCUAUGGCUAUGGCUAUGGCUAUGGUUAUGGUUAUGGCUAUGGCUAUGGCUGUGGUUAUGGCUAUGGUUAUGGCUAUGGUUAUGGCUAUGGUUAUGGCUAUGGCUAUGGCUAUGGUUAUGGCUGCGUCCAUGCCUAUGCCUAUGGAGGCACUUGA